AUGGAUCCAAUCUCCAUAACCGGAUUGAUCAUAGAAGUUAGCAAUGUGCUAUCCUGUGUGAUCAAAUAUACGAAAGCUGUCCAGGGCUCCAAAGACGAUAUGCGCAAGCUAAGCGAGGAACUCUUCGCUCUCAAAGGUAUUCUAGAACAUCUUUCCACAGGUAUAGGCGACAAUACGCCCACAUCUGAAAAGGAGACCGAGUCUGAGUCAUCGGGUCCAUUCGAUCGAGACGUAAUGGCACGAGUGCUAUUCACGACGAACGAAUUUCUCCAAACUCUACUUCAAGAGCUAGAAGAGCCGGCGACGAAAUUCAAAAAGUUGAAGCAGAAACUAGAAUGGCCGUUCACGCAGGAUCAAGUCAAUGCUCAUCUUGUUCGUCUUGAGAGGGUGAAGUCAUGGUUGAUCUUGGUCAUCACGGCGGAUACAGCUGCGGCGGAGAAAGAUCUACAUCAAGAGAUUACGAGCUUGUCUAAGAAUUUGAAGGAAGAUCUGCGCAUUCGUGAGCAGGAGAGAGUUCAGAAGGAUAACGAGGCGCUUUUCAAGUGGAUUGCACCGGUUAGUCCGGCUGAUUCUCACCUCCGAGCAUCUAAUGGACGGCGCAUUGGAACGGGACGAUGGUUCACCAAGUCUUAUUUGAAAGCAUGGCUUCGAGACCCAUUGGAUGAUAAAAGGAUUCUUUUCCUUGUUGGUAAAUCUGGAACAGGAAAAACCACACUUUUUGCGCAAAUUGUUGGUGAGUUGACAAACAUGGCCCAGCAUGAUCCGAAUUUAUGCUUUGCCUAUUUCUACUGCACAAUCAGCAAUACGGCCUCUCAGGCUGCUGUCAAUAUCCUAGGCUCCCUGGUGGCACAGCUUGCUAGAUCAAACCCGGGGAUACUGGAGGAUAUUCGAUCACUUUACGACAAGAUUCCCAAGACUCAAACGCACAGUCAGCCUGUUAAUUUCUCGGCCCUUGAAGAUGCGAUCAUCAGACACUCAAAUGGAAAGUCUCGGAUCGUCAUUCUUGUUGAUGCUCCCAAUGAAAGCUCCGAGAUGGAGUAUAUCGAAAGGUCUUUAUUAUAUAUGGCGAGGCUGUCUCUAAACAUUCGCAUCCUUGUGACAACAACGUCCACGAGAGCUUCCUCCAAAGAAGCCAACUUUUUGAAUAUCAGAGCUGAGACGAUGGAAGAGGACAUCAAGACCUUCAUCCAAUACCGCCUGGAGCACGAUACCACGCUACGGAAUUUAACGCCCAAAUUGCAGGCUGAGAUUGCAGAGACCUUGUUCAAGGAUGCAGAUGGAUCAUUCCGAUGGGUUCAACUCUCCCUGGACAAUCUCUGUUCCCAGAGAACCGCCAAAGCAAUGCGAGCAUCCCUCUCUAAUCUCCCCGGAACCUUGAGGGAAAUGUAUGCAAGUACGCUAGAACGUGUCAGCCCCGAAGAUGAACCCUUCGUCUACGAGGCCCUCUUCUGGCUUAGCUUUGCAAAGCGGCCGCUGACACUGAGAGGUCUGAACGAAGUUGUCGUUCUCGAUGAGACUUGCACAACUCUGGACGGGGACAUGAUGCUCGUCCCCCGGGACAUUCUACUCCAAAUCUGUCAGGGACUUAUCUCCGUGGACCAGGCUGGACACGUCAACCUUGCACACUCAUCCGUGAAGGAAUUCUUGACUUCGGAAUGGAUUCGUUCUUCCCGAGUCAAGCGCUUUGCGUUAGACGCUACAACCGCCGACGCAACAAUCAUGCGGAAGUGUCUGACAUAUCUCUGUCUCGACAACUUCAAACACGGGUACCACGAGUUUAAGAGACAAACCAAAGUCCGUUCAUUUUUAUACUACGCAGCCUACUUCUGGCCCAUCCACGGCACCCAUUGCGAAUUUGGACCACCGGAGCGAGCAUUGGUCAACCGGUUCUUCGCAACAAAGAGCCUCCCCCGUCGAGGAAACUUUGGCGUCUGGAUUGAAGCUUUGAUUCCUGGUGUGAAACCGUCAAUCAUUGAGACUACAGAGCCACUUUACUACGCAGCCUCGUUUGGCAUGGCCUCCGUCGUCAAGGCUAUAUUGGCGUCUGAUCCCUCUGUGGAUAUCAAUGCCCCCGGUGGCCGUACGGGAGCUACACCUUUGUUUGCUGCUUGUUGGCGCCGGAAUCAUGAGGUGGCGGAAUUUCUUCUGAAGGCUGGUGCUGAUCCAAGAAAGAUUGAUCCUGGUACUGGUAUUAGUGUGCUGGGGAUGGCUCGACUAGGUAAUUAUCUUGACAUUCGAGACCUACUAGUUCGUUGUAAUGUCGAUUUGAAGGCUUGA